UCAUUUCCUCCCUGGUUAUCUGCACCCUCCCUUGGGGCUUUAAAAACCACAGCCCUCAGGCUGGAGGGACCUUUGAUAAGCGGGAACUAAGGAGAACUGAAGAUGGACUCCAUGGAAAAUAGCACCACUGCUUACUACAAUUAUGAAGACUCCAUGGACCCCAAUACAUCAGUGGAUAACUCUUCCAACACCCAAAGCCUGAGCCCUCCGGAUGUGAUUGCCCUGGUGAUCUAUGUGGCCGUCUUCCUGGUGGGAGUGCCAGGCAACGCCCUGGUGGUCUGGGUGACAGGGUUCGAGGCCAAACGAGCCAUCAAUGCCAUCUGGUUUCUCAACCUGGCAGUGGCUGACCUCUUCUCCUGCCUGGCACUGCCCAUCUUGUUUGCGACCCUCAUCCAGCACAACCACUGGUUCUUGGAUGAUGCUGCCUGCCGCAUCCUCCCCUCUCUCAUCCUGCUGAACAUGUACGCCAGCAUCUUGCUUCUGGCCACCAUCAGCGCCGAUCGCUUUCUGCUGGUGUUUAAUCCUAUCUGGUGCCAGAACUACAGAGGGGCCUACUUGGCCUGGGUGGCCUGUGGUGUGGCUUGGUUCUUGGCCCUGCUGCUGACCAUACCAUCCUUCCUAUAUCGUAGGGUGCACCGAGAAUACUAUCCAACCAAGGUACAGUGUGUCGUUGACUAUGGCAGAGACAAUUCCCAUAAAGAGAGGGGCGUGGCUGUCUUACGGCUGGUUAUGGGCUUCCUGUGGCCACUGGUCACACUUACAGUCUGCUACACCUUCCUUCUGAUCCGGACGUGGAGCCGCAGUGCCACACGCUCCACCAAGACGCUCAAGGUGGUGAUGGCAGUGGUGAUUAGCUUCUUUGUCUUCUGGCUGCCCUACCAGACGACAGGGAUAAUUCUAGUCUUCUUCCCCUCAAUCAAAUACGUGUCUAGUUUGGAUGCCCUGUGUGUCUCCCUUGCUUACAUCAACUGCUGUAUCAACCCCAUCAUUUACGUGGCCGCUGCCCAGGGCUUUCACGCCCGGUUCCUCAAGUCCAUCCCCUCCACUCUCCGGAAUAUAUUGACUGAGGAGUCCAUGGUUAGGGAGAGCAAGUCUUUCACGCUCUCCACGGUGGACAACGCAUCCCAGAAGAACCGAGAGGUGUAAGGGGAGGCCUCCCAGGCUACCCUCUGCCCGUGGCUGCACCUUUCUUCUGGUCCAUUCUCUAUCUGCUUAUUUGAACUCAGCCCUGGGUGAGCUGGUGUUGUUUUAGUGAACUCUUCUCCUUCCUCUUCCAAGUGAGCUCUCCUCAUCCUUCCUCAUUUCCAAGGUCAAUACUUCCUUCUGGGGCACUGAACCUUUCUUUUCAUGCAAGGACAUUGAAAAACAAACAGAAAGCAAUACACCUGGAGCACCCCCAGACAGCAACACGUUUGCAAGGGAAGACAGUG